AUGCCCGGGUACCAAGAUCCGGUCACCCUGAACCGGUUAGACGAAAUCUUGAUCCCUAAGACCGAGAAUCCGGUGGUACGAGUUGCCGCGGUGACCAUUCGAGCUGGUCGGGCAGGAUCACCGGCGGGUGUCAUGCAAGAGGAUCUGACCCGGGAGAUCCGGGUCGAUCGGAUUAAGCAGGCCCAGGAGGAAGAAGUCUGGAUCGCCGGCAUGAAGAAGUUCCUGAGUGGCUCGAUCGCAGAUCUCACCCAAGCGGAAGCAAGAUCGUAUGGCAAGAUCGCGGCCGACUACGAGGAAGACGAGCAGGAUCUACUCUUUUACUGCCCCCCCCACGCCAAGAUCGGGAGACGAUCGCGACCGAUUGAUGAGAUUGUCCCCGAAACGCUACAGUCGGACGUAUUACACCACUAUCACACCACGUUGGAAGGAGGACAUCAGGGAGUGGGGCGAACCUACCAGCGGAUCAGGGAUCACUUCCAUUGGAGGGGAUUAUACCGGAGCGUCCAACGAUAUGUGGGGGAAUGUGUGGAUUGCGAGAUAGGAAAAGGAAAACCGGCGAUCCGGGGCGAAUCACCGGGGAACUUGCAGGCGACGUACCCGUUCUAG